AUGUCCUGGUCCCAAAAGAACUUCACUCUGCCUCCGCGCAGCCGCGGCUCCUACCUCAUCACUGACCAUGUCCUCUCGGAAGUCCCCGAGAUCCGCGACUACAAGGUCGGCAUGCUGAACCUGUUCGUCCAGCACACCAGCUGCGCCCUCUCGCUGAACGAGAACUGGGAUGAUGAUGUUCGCGCCGAUAUGAGCGAUGCGCUCGAUCGCAUUGCGCCCAUGGACAAGAAAGGAAACCUCUAUCGUCAUUCUGCUGAGGGUGAGGAUGAUAUGCCGGCCCAUAUUAAGUCCGCAUUGAUCGGUGCCUCCGUCAGCAUCCCCAUUACCAAUGGUCGUCUGGCGACCGGUACCUGGCAGGGAAUUUGGUACCUCGAGUUCCGCACUAGUCGGCAUGCGCGCAAGGUCGUCGCGACCAUCCAGGGCCAGAAGGCAUGA